AUGUGUGUGCUCCCUUGGCUAAACGGGUCGUUGGCAGGGAAUGGGUUUUUGGGCCCACCGACCCCAACAGGGCCACCGGGACCUUCCGGACAGACGGAGCUCGUCUUGCCGGGAAACCUGACCGGAGUCGUCGGGCCUCCUGGGCUUCCGGGCCCGCCGGGACCUAUCGGGCCACCCGGUCUUCCGGGGUCCGCUGGGGGGCCUCCUGGACCACCCGGACCUAUCGGGCCACGCGGAGUUUCCGGGCCAAAGGGAAACCAAGGGCAACCCGGACCCGAAGGGCAAUCCGGUACCCAGGGGCCACCAGGGCGUAGAGGCCCAAAAGGAGACCGAGGGCCACGCGGGCCUGAGGGGCAAAGCGGGCUCCAAGGCCCGCCCGGAUGGCCGGGGCCUCCCGGGGGGCCGCCUGGGCCAUCCGGACCUAAAGGAGAGAAGGGAGACAAGGGCAAGAAGGGACCCCCUGGACCCCCAGGAAAGAAGGGAAAAAGUAAAAGGGAAGCAAGGAGAUAUCGAUUUGUUUACACAAAAAAUGUAAGGGUCAAGGGUUAG